AUGUACCUUCUACGUCUGUAUGUAAGUAAUGUAUAUGUUCAGUACACGUAUAAAGCACUCCCGGCCGGCUUCUGCUCAGCCAGCUUCUCGUCUCGCUCGUACCGGGUGACGCCCGGUCCUUCCAUUCCGCCGCAGCCACUGUCACCGGCACACCAUCGCUCUCCCUCCCGUCCUCAUAGCGCGUUGCCGAAGCCAUAUUCGGAACCUACCCGCCUUUUCCCAGCCAUCAUUAUCAAUCACGUAUUCCGCUUCCUCCCCCCCAUCCCAUACGGAGUACUUCAUGAACCGCAUCCAUACUUCCGCUUCUUUCUCCCCCCGGAAUGCCUGCUCUGCCGCGGCCAACGGACGGUAGAAACUAAUGUGCAGCGAUCCGUUGCCUAG